AUGUCCUCGCAAGCUCGAAACCACACAGCCGGAGUGGGAGCUGCAGAGAGCUCUACCCCCGCCGAUCCGGUACUAGCCCAGCAGGCCCUGGCCGACACCACCGAUCUCGAGCAGACUCUACAAACAGUGAAAGGGGAGGAAGAGGAUGGGGGAAGAGGGGCGGUGGUAGUGAUGGAUGCGGCAGCGGAGAGCGAUGAACCUCCGGCAAAAAAGAAACUCCGGCGGUCGAGCGAUCCGGACAGGGCCCGCCUCCCGCAACCCACAAGAAUAGCCCCGACCCGUCCCGAGUUCAUACCGUUCACGGCACCGAACCUCUGCAAGGAGUAUGGCAUCCACUACGACAAUCUCGGCUUCGCGGGCUUUGCGGUCCGCCAGGGAUGGCGCCUACAACCGUCCGAUCCGUGUGAGGCCGCGUGCACGGAAUCGCCGGGGACGUACUGCGCAACACAUGGCAGUUUCCGAUCGCAGCUGAUCUUCCGGGCGGAUGGGGGCUUUUCUUCCAAUAGCGAGAAGGUGUGCUUCUUGCAAGCAUGGUUGUUCUUCGGCAUGCUUGGGGAGGUCUCCGCGGCGUGUGAGUUCCCCAUUGAUAUCGAAGCGGACUUUCUCGUGGACGGCGGGCAGAGCGUGUCGACGGCGGCAGUGAAUGGGCUUGCUCUCGGGUGGUUCUCUGCGCUCGGCAGGCAACAUCCUCAACGGCAGAAAGGGAACCUGGAGCGUGUACUGGCCGCCCUGCGGCAGCUCACGGUUGUACGCUCGACAUUCUUGCUGUAUCCGCGCACAGAGCAGACUCCGGGGCCGGAUCGGAAUGUUGCGGAGCCGAGAGAUUAUCGCGUGCUUUUGUCGAUUGAGGUUUUGCAGAAGGCGGUGGUGUUGUCGCUUAGCUACCAUCCUCCGGAGAUCACCAAUGAGCUUUCUGCGCCCUCUCCCGAUGGGGUGCGGGAGGAUAAGCGGUACUUGCACGGGACCCAUUUCAAUCCCGAAAAGCGAGUGAAGGAGAUCGAGAGCAAAGCGCUCGAGGCAAAGGGGUGGUGUAGAAGCCAGACCAGGCGGUUGGGCGAGCUCGACACGAGCUACCUUGUUUUUGCGAAUAGUCUGGAACGGCCUUUGCUUGCACAGGCGAAUCACGGCGAGUGUAAUGAUUUGGUCUGUAAAGCUGAUCAUGUCGGCGAUGAGGCGGGCUACAGGAGUGUGCAUUAUUCGGACUGUAGUGGCACUUGCGGCGAUCUGGUUUCGGUGGACGGCGAACAACUCGCAGCAGUGCUGAAGCGUGGAGGCAUACCGAGAAUCGCGAUCUCUGACGAUCUUCAAUUAACUGUUGUCGAUGAAGGACCAUAUGUCUGCAUCUCACACGUCUGGAUGCAUGGUAUGGGUAACCCCCAUAGCAACUCCCUUCCCCGUUGCCAACUCCUCCGGCUCCGGAGUCAGAUCUCAGCGGCAUCUCGACAUCAGUCUCCCUCCUUAUGGAUGGACACGCUCUGCAUCCCCGUGCAGCCCGAACUGAAGGAAUACCGCAAGAAAGCAAUCACCCUCCUUGGCCGUACCUUCCUGGAGGCAACAUCAAUCCUCGUCCUCGAUCGGGAGCUGGAGAAGAUACGAUCUUCGCGCACCUCCUUCCUUGAGCUCACGCUCCGAAUAGUCUGUAGUGGAUGGAUGCAGCGACUCUGGACGUACCAAGAGGCGGCGUGCGCGCUUGAGGAUCUUGCCAACCUCAACGGCCGGAUGCUAUUCUUCCAAAUGGCGGACGGAACCCUGAAUUACGACUCUCUCGCCUCCUUCGCCUACCACCUUGGUGUCGGAGACGGCCGUUUCCAACUCCAAGAGAGUGAAUUCAUCAGUGCGCACCUCUACGAGCGAGCUUACUCCGAGCUACUCCGGCGCAUACCGUCCCUCCGCGCGCUCCAAGCCGCCACCUCCUCCUUCACACUGAUCUGGAACGCGGUAGCCAGCCGGACCACCAGCAAGCUGGACGACGAGCCCUUGAUCCUCGCAAUCAUCAUGCAACUCGACGUCUCUGCUAUCCUACAGCAGCCGACAAUCCCGCAGAAAUUCCAGGCGCUCUACCAGAUGAUGGGCAAACUCUCCGCCGACGUCGUAUUCGACCCAUCGACCCGCAAACUGCUGCACGCCCCCUUCCGCUGGGCGCCAGCCUCGCUGCUCAGACACGCAAACACCCUCACCGUCACGCCGAGCCAGUGGGGCAGCUGCACGCCCAACGGGCUGAAUAUCGUCUACCCGGGGUUUCUGCUGCACGACCAGGGCGAGACCACGGUAACGGUAACAGUAACAGGCUCGUUCAUAUUCCACGACGAUUCCACAGGCGCGCGCUUCAAGGCGUUUAACAUAAUCGAUCCAGUUUCGGGGGGAAACUCACUGCAGCUAUCGCGGAGCUCGGGGAUAGUUUUCGGGAGUCUGAAUGGUGCGGCCAUCGUGGAGAUCGAGAGGGAGGAGGACGUCGACGUGUGGGAGAUGCCGGACUUGAUGGUCGGUGCUGGACUUCACCACUUUGAGACGGAGUCGGAGUCCGAGGAUACGCAGGGCCCGUGGAAAGUGCUGUAUGCUACCGUCGUCGGGUAUGUGGAUAUGGCGGGCCCCAUAGACGCCCCCGGGCAGCCGGGAUUUUCGGCAAAGGCGCUGUCGGUAUGGCAACGGUGGGUUAUUACAUGA